UCAUAGGCGUUCGGUCGCGUUUAUUGAGUUCAAAUAAGUUUUUCUAAUCUCGUAUAAAAUUUUCAAAAUAAUGAUUGCUAAAGUUGUGAUAAAUAUUGACAUUCUUUUUUGUGCCCAGUGAAAAGUGUCCAAGUAAAAUAUAUUGUGAAGGUAAAAUAUUUGCGAUUGUUUUAGAUACAAGAUGUGUAAAAGCUAAGAUUUGAAGAUACUCAAAAUCGAAAAAUAAAGAAAAAUGAAACCGCUUAUCAAUAAGAAUCUCAUUACAUUAAAAUGUGUCCUCUUCUGUUUUCUAUCAGGCAUAGGAUGCAUUUACCCGUUCCUCCCACUGCACAUGCUGGCGACGGGCCUGGACCGGGCCGAAGCACGUCUCAUCUCAGCCGUCGCGCCUUGCAUUGCUCUUCUCGGACCAGCAAUAUUAGGGCCUCUUGUUGAUAAGUUGUCAGUAGGGCGAGGCUCAACUGGAGGUGGCCAUACUCCGAGUGGUUCUGGUCGGCUGUUGCGAUUCGUCACUGCCGCCUGCCUCAUACUCAGUGCGGUGUUCUACUCUUUGCUUCUCGCUGUACCAUAUACUGAGCGACAUGAUGCGCGUCGGCCGCAAGUGCUGUUCAUGUGCGACUCGGAGGGCGCGUACGUGAUGCAGGAGGUGUGCACAGAGGGCAUGCGCUGCAACACCUGGCCCGGACAGAAGAAAGGUGUGCUGGCGGUGGGCGCGUGUGAGUACGGGUGCGCAAGCGACGAUAUGAGCUGGUUGACAGAACCCUUCCUAACCACUACCACUACUACCACGCUCAGUCCUAUGUAUAACAGCGUCGCCAACGCUACUCCGUCGUCAGAACUGGUGACUGAUGACGGUGAUGAAGGUCCCGAGUUCGAGCGCAAUCCGCCACAUCUAUGUACAGACGGGCAAUGUCUCGUGUACAUGCAGCACGCCGCCCGACUCCGCGUUCCUCUCACACUGAACGCACCUCAACAGCACAACAUCACCGAUGUAGAGGGCGAUCUCAGCGAGGAUAACACCACUAAUGACAACUGGUGCACCUACCGCGGCCCCUUCCAAUGCCUGGUGCCGGAGGACCGACUGGCGGAGAUCAACACGAUGGACCGACCAUGUCGGCCCGCCGUGCGCUGUCAGGUGCUCGACCCAUACGACGAGCCCGACGGCGUGCUGGCCGACGCCGAGUGCCGACUUGUCAUCGGAGACCCCACAUACACUUUCUGGACAUACUUCAUAGUCAGAGUGUUGGCGGACAUAUGGCCGACGUCAGCGCUGGCGCUGCUGGGCGCGGCGUGUGUCAUAGCGACGCGGGAGACGUCUCUGGGGCGAGGGGACGUGGGCCGGCAGCUGGCCGUGGGCACCAUCGGCCUCGCCGUGUUCCCACCGCUGGCCGGCCUCGCCGCGGACAGCAUGCCCCACGCGCCCUACCUCGUGCCCUUCAUUCUGCACGCCGUCUUCAUGCUCAUCGGUGCUCUCAUACUUCUUCUUGACAGUCACAUGCCGCUGUCUGCGCCGGAGUGGUGGUGGCACACGGCGACGGGCGCGCUGGCGGUGCCGCUGAGCGCAGUGCGGCGAUACGGCGCGGAGACGGCCGCCGUCGCCGCAGUCGUCGCUCUCCUCGGCGCGCUCUGCACCACCAUAGACUCUUACGUACCCUGGACUAUAGUGGAGCUGAACGGCACACUGACACAGGUGGGUCUGAUGAUGACGGAGGGCGCGCUGCCGGCCGUGCCCGCGCUCUGGUGGGCGGAGGCGCUCGUCGACUACAUCGGACACUCCAACGUCUUCAUCAGCGCCUUCACCUUCUACUGUCUGCGGUACACCGGUCUGGCAUUCAGCACUGGGUACGGGUGGGUGGCGGUGUGUGCGGUGCUGCAGGUGUUCACACUGAGCCUGGUGUGGGUGACCGCCGUGCUCUACUUCCGUCACCUCGUACCCAAGAAGUACACCACCACAGGACAGGCGCUGCCCGUCAUCGCGCACUUCUGCAUCGGUCGGUGCAUCGGUGCGAUAGUUGGCGGUCUGGUGUCGCUGCAGGCGCCGCUGGAGGCGCAGCGCGGUGUGUACCGCGCACUGGGUGUGGCCGCGCUCGCCGCCGCCGCGCUCUACCUCGCCCUCUACCAUCUGCUGCUGGCCCCGCGCUGCGCCGCACAGCCAGCACCACCACCCCACAACCUCCUACAAGGUUUGAACGCUAACGGCGCGUCGAACGGAACGUACUCGCCGAUGCGCGUAUAUCACGAGGAGCGCUCGAGGAAGGGACAUUUCCGUUAUUGAGUUCAUUUCACUCCGCAUUUCUUCUACUUUUGAUGUUUCAGUGACCCAUGACAACUUCUAUAAGUACAUCGUUGUGAUAUAAUAUAUUCUACUAAUUUUUCUGAUUUAAUCAGGUUUUGCUUUGAGCUAUUUUAAAAUGCCUUUUCUGCAUUUGUUUAAUUUAAAAUAAUAAUAACUUUU